CGCCCUUGGUGACCGCCUCGCGUUGGUAAAUCAAGGAGCUGCACCAAGACCACAGGGUACAUAAGCUUGCCGCACUAACUCUACUUCCGUACCUGGAGGAACAGAGGCGGCAAGCAAGGCUACAAGUGCACACCCGGAGGUGUGUGUGGGCGAGAUGAGCUGCCGCCCUGCCAUGCUACCAUUUUCUGCGUUGGCUGCUGACUUGUCUCGUAGAAGCGUGCAGCAUAUGCUGGUUGCAGCAAGCAUCAGCGGGCGAAACCUCUCGGCGGAGACACCACCGCAGACACCAGCAGCAGCACCAGAACCCGCAGCACGACCAGCCACCGGCGGAAGUGGCACCAAUGCUAGUGCUAGCUCCAUGCCAGACCCGAGGAACCAGCGGGUUCUUCACGCUGCCGUCGCGGGGCUUCCAAAUGCUGGGAAAUCUACGCUGUUAAACUACAUGGUGGGCGAUAAGGUCUCAGCCGUCUCCACGAAGCGACAUACGACCCGAGAGAACACCCUGGGGGUCAUGACCGUCGGGCGGACUCAGGUGUUUUUCCACGACACUCCCGGCUUCGUCAGCCACGAAGAGCGCGAUGACUACAAGCCCGCGUUGUCGGCCGAGUCCCGCGACGCCAUCGCAGCUGUGGACCUCACGCUCUUGCUCGUGGACGCCUCCAAAGACGUCACGAAGCGCGGGCUGCGAAGCCUGACGGGGUUGCUCGAAAGGGUCAUUAGGUCUCGAUGCGAGGUGUUCCUCGUGCUUAACAAAUCGGACCGAGUCCACCCCAAGCACCGCCUUCUCGCAACCACGGACGAAAUCAUGGAUAGGGCUCAGGAGAUCAUGGACCAGAUAGAUAACGAGCGAGAACAAGCUGUUGCUGCUGUUGAUACUUCACCACGCCAGGAAAGUGGUUCCACAGCAGCAGCAGCAGCAGCAGGGAGUGGCAAUUGUGGCAACUCCAAUGGGAGCGGUGUUGGUGAGCGAGGGCAGCAGCCGUUGUUCCGGGACGGUGGGAAAACGGUCGACGACCACGUGACGGUGUUCAUAGUCUCGGCCAAGACGGGCCACGGCGUCCAGGACAUCGUCGAUUUUCUCGUUCACCGCGCCAGUCCGGGCGCCUGGGUGUUCGGUCCGGACAAAACGACCAACAAGGACAAGAGGAGCCGGGUAAAGGAGAUCGUGAGGGAAGGCCUGUACAAGCACCUUUACAAGGAGCUGCCCUACCAGAUCACGACGCACAUAAGGGAGCUCUCGCGAAGACCGGACAACAGCGUAUCCGUGCUGCAAGAACUGCGCGUGGAUAGGGCGUCGCAGAAACCCAUUGUGCUUGGGAAGCUCAAGUACAUCAAGAAGGACGUGGAGUGGGAUCUUCGGAAGCUGUUCGGCACGCGCGUCGACGCGCGAUUUAGCGUGAUAGUGGGCCACAAGAAGGGUUAGAUGCCAGGCCACCGAGGAGCGGUGCAGGCUGUUGGUCGAGAAGUACUCUUGGGGGGGUGGCGCUACGUUUGUGCAGCAGCAGCAGGGUUGCGAGUGUAAUCAGAUGGUGUUGUGUGUUUCUUAAUUUUCCAUCGACCGCGCUAAUCGGCUGACCAACCAAAAUACGUCGUGUUUUGUGUAUGUGUGCGGGCUCAGUCUUCGCGGGGGUUCCCUGCAGCAUGUGGGAGAUGAUUUGCAAGAUGAGCGCACAUGCGCAGCUAGCUACAUAAUUCCCGAGAGACACGGCAGCCAUUGGAACCAUUCCGGAGUUCACAUGGCCAUUUGGGCUGCAAC